AUCAAAAUGGCGGCCGCAUUUGGUGUUUGGGAGGUAAAGUUUCCUUCUUCUCGUGCCGUUUAUGAUGAAGAAGACGACGAAGAAGAGGAGCUUUCUACUUUGGAAAAUGAGUCGGAGAGUGCAGAAUUUCAUUGGAGACCGUGGGAUGUCGAUCAAAAGCCUCUCCCGUCUCACUGCUCCUUGCUCGUUCUCGCGAUCGGAGAAGUUGCGGCAACAUUUGUAGAAGCUCACUAUUUGUCAGCGGGGAGUGAAAUCGUCGCCUACAUUUCAUCAAAAAAGAGUGACGAGAUUGAUUUUAAAAAAUUUUGUUCUCCGUUAAAAUCAGGCGAGACGAGCUGCCUGUAUCGUUUGACAACGCAACACGAUGAUGACUCAGCAGUUCUUUGUCAAUGCCCAACACCUGUGCCACAGGAAAAAGCAUUCCAUUGGACAGAAAAGUUGCUUGAAAAUCUAAAGCCAUCCAAAGUUGUCAUUCUCUCAUCUGCACCAGCCUGUGACUAUCACACAAACACACCUGAAAAUUUGAAGUCUGACUUUGUAAAAGUAUUAAAGACAGAUUCCUGGCUGGAAAAGUUCUCACAGAAAGAUUGCUCUUUCUUGGAGACUCCCAAUAUCAUCAGUGGAGUUGCAGCUUCAGUUUUGCAGUAUUGUCAAAUCCACAAUUUAGCUGCAGCUUUAUUUGUAUGUUUCAUGGAGUCAUCUUGUGUGGAUUCACAAUCUGUUGAAACCUUCAAAUUCCUUCUCAACAGUCCUCCCUUAAACUGCCUUCGCCAGGCAUCUGGUGAACAAGUAACAAAAGUACUGAAGUCACUCAGAUCUGGAAAAUUGAUAGAGAUGAACAUGUACAUGUAGGAGAAUUUUGCUUUGGAAAUGAGAAAUUAAGUUAUUGAGUAAAGAUGUGAACUGAACUUUAUCCUGCCUUGAGCCAAGAAAAUGAAACAGACUAGUUAAUAACAUGCAGCUAUGUUAAACCACCAGUCUAGAUAGGAAUUUGCAUCUUGCCAUGUAGGGGUGAACAAUGCAAGAUCAAAAAGAGAUACAAAUGACUGGAAAAUUGUAAAGUUUGCUACUGGACAAAUUCUUGUACUGGUAUUUUUGCUCGAUAGAAGCAUAUCUGUAAGAGACAGAAAAAUGAGCCUUAUAUAGCAUGCUCAGUGUACUAACAUUGCGGGCGCUUUUUCCACCGAGCACAUGGUUUUAAUGACAGAGCUGAACAAUGAAAUGCUACGUCAGCGGGUAUGCGGUCAACAACGCCUGCUCAAGUGUCCUAGGUCUAAAAUUUAGCGAAA